AUGGUAUGGUUGGAUGGUGUUUGUGGUAUUUUUGGUAUUUUGGUGGCUAUUAUUGGUGGUGUCGGUAUUGGUGGUCUUGGUAGAGGUGUGGGUAGUCUUGGUAUUGGUAUUGGUGGCAUUGGUGAUGGUGUUGGUAUUCUUGGUGUCCUUGGUGUGGGUACUAGUGGCAUCGGUGGUGAGUUUGGUGGUCUUGGUGGUCAUGAUAAGCAUGGUAUAUGGUCUUCUCAAGGUCCACUGAAGAAGGUGGACAUAUACGUGGCACUUGGCAAUGAAGAGAAGAAGGAACUGCGAAAGACCACGCAUGCCAAGAAGAAGAAAUCUAUACAAAAAUACACCAUGCAUACGUUUGACGCCCAAUACUUCAAGAUAAUGACAAAUAUACGUGAGUGGUAUGUGGACAAGCUACUGUUGGAGUUAUUCCCCAGCUUUUUGAGGCAGAGUAAACUGAUGGAUCAUUUGCCAGCGGAAGUGUUGAAGAAGAAAGCAUGA